AUGGCGGCGGCUAAAGAUAGUAUCAUAGUUAUAACGUUUGGGGCUGCUAGAAUUGAUCCUUCAUCGUUUGAAAAGUGGAUGAACGGACUUGAGUUACUUGUUUCCACCAGAGAGUGGAAGAACACCGGAUUUGGAGUCCACCUUUGCCGGCCGUCCGAUAUGUAUCUCUGGCCGGAUGGUUUUGUAUAUCAUGUUCAGGCGUGGAGGUCCAGAAGCCAACGGAGAGCUGGGUGUUGUCGUUUGUAG